AUGCCAGUGACCUGUGUCAAGUUCGACCCUCACCAUGAACUUGUCUGGACCGCAAACGAAAACGGCUAUAUAUCAUCAUACUAUGGAGCAGGACUGCAGCGUUAUUCCAGCUACAGAGCCCAUAAGGGUUCUGUUCGGCAGAUGAUGGUAAUGGACCGCGGCAUUGUCUCAAUUGGCAAGGAUAGCGUACACCUCGCCAACAGACGCGGCCUGGCGAGCUGGAACAUUACGCAGCUAGCAUUCCUCAAUCAUAUCAAUGCUCAACCGAAUCAAUUUUCAACCAACAGUGAUGAUAGUGCCCGCGAUCUACACUCAAUUGCUCUUAUGGGAAAUGCCGAGAUUGUCGCAGCAGGGCAACAAGAUAAGAUUCUCACUAUUAACCUGAUUCGGGGCGUUGUCACUAAAAAGGUAGAAACAGAUUCGGAGAUUGUUGUCAUGAAGAAAUCGCGCCUUCUUGUCUGUGGAUCGACCCGUGGAGACCUUAUUCUUCAGGACCCGCGAUCGCUGAGCGUUGAGCAUAGGAUUCAGGCGCACACUGGAACCAUCUCGGAUCUGGAUGUGUCAGGAAACCUGAUUGUCACCUGUGGCUUCUCAGAGAGACAGGGUGCCUUGAUCAUUGACCCCUUGGUCAAGGUUUACGAUAUGAGAACAAUGCGCUCAUUGGCGCCCAUACCGUUCCCGAAUGGACCAUCGUUCCUAAAGAUGCAUCCAAAGCUGUCAACCACCGUCUGCAUUGCCUCGCAAACCGGCCAGUUCCAGAUGUGUGAUGUCGGAAAUCUCACCACCGGGAUUCAGUUUUACCAAAUCAGCACCUCGAGCUAUGUCAACUGCUUCGAUAUCUCAUAUAGUGGCGAGAUGGUAGCUCUUGGAGACGCAAGCAAUGUUGUGCAUAUGUGGGGCGAUAAACAGGAACCAAAAAUGAAUCACUUCUCCAACCCAAUUGACGCACCGUCCAUGCCUCUGCCACCUACUAUUACUGUCGGAGACAACGAUCCACUAUCCUCGAUUGGCAUGCCCUACUAUCAGGAACAGCUACUGUCAGCAUGGCCACCUAAGACGAUCUAUCCUAUCGGAAGAAAACCGCAGCCAAUCCCUUCAUCCAUUCUCGACAACAUGAAAAUGAUUGAUUUUGUGGGCUACGCGCCCAAUCCAGGGAUCCGCCUCAGAAACCAAGCCCCGUCGCUGCCCAAGGUCAACUUGCGAGACACGCCAAAGUUUCGCAGCGAGCAGCAAAAGGAGCUUUACUUUGGAAAGAGGAAAGGAUCGUUGGUGGCGACAUUGGAUCAUGAGAAUGAACAAGAGGUCGACCUCACAAACAAUGUUCUGCCAAAAUACUACAAGCGUGUUGAGAUCAAGUACAGCAAGUUCGGCGUCGAGGAUUUUGAUUUCGGGUUCUAUAACAAGACACAAUUUGGAGGCCUGGAAACGCACAUUGCCAACUCCUACUGCAAUGCGCUUUUGCAGGUCCUCUUCUUUACCCCAUUGCUCAGGACGCUCGCAAAGGCUCACAUCGGUCAGACGUGCCCAAGAGAGAAUUGCUUGACCUGCGAAUUGGGAUUUUUGUUCCGCAUGUUAGAAGAUUCGAAUGGUCAGAACUGUCAAGCAAGGAACUUUUUACGAGCCUUCAGCACCAUUCCGCAAGCCUCGGCACUCGGCCUCUUUGAGCCGGAUGAGCCGGACACCAAGACUAUGUACUCCUCUCUUAUCCAGAACUUUAACCGGUUUGUGCUGGAGCAACUUCAUCAAGAAUGUGGAUCAGACAGAACAGCAACGAUAGCAUCUAAUCCACAUCCGGGAUCGGCCCCGUCACCGAUUCAGCAAGUAUUUGGGAUGAAGACGGCGAAUACAAGCACUUGCGGACAUUGUGGUCUAGAAGAAGAGCGUAUCACGUAUCCUUUUGUCCUGGACCUGACGUGGCCAAAGCCGGAGUUACAGAAUCCGAUGUCGUUCUCGGAUAUUAUGAAGGCAUCGCUUUCACGAGAGUCCCAUAACCGUGUGUGGUGCUCGCAAUGUCAACAGUACCAGCCCACCACCAGUAAAAAGACCCUUCAGGAUCUACCCUUGGUUCUGAGUAUCAACACUGCUGUCAACCCGAAGGACCCUAGGGAAUGCGCUAUUUUCAUAUUCACACUUACUAAUAAUGGAGUAAACUAUUCGAUGCAUCUUAGGUUCACUGUUGGGGUUGACGACAAGAACGUUCAAGUGUUUGAAAAUGCAUCAUUAGACGCCUCUACAUUUGCGCUCAGCGCAGAGUACGAACUAACCGCGGUUGUUAGUCAGGUCCAGCCUGCUGGCGAAGUUGCACAUCUUGUUUCGCAUAUUAAAGUAAUCUCUGAUAACGAUGCUGAAGUAUCGGAACAGUCGCCGUGGUAUAUUUUCAAUGACUUUUUGGUGAAGCGUGUCCAAGAAGGAGAGGUGUCGCAAUUCCCAGCCAGCUGGAAGGCGCCAUCGAUCCUUUACUAUACCAAAGUGAAUAAUGGACCUCCACCAAUGAUCGCAGAACAACCUGUUGGCCCUGAUACAAGUAUUCUCCAUGUUGAUCUGUCGAUUUCAAAAUAUCGUGAUCCCAACUAUGUCUUCUAUCAAUUGCUGAGGCCAGAUGAAAUUAAGCCAGGCGAACAGAUGUUGAUUGCCAUCGAUACCGAAUUUGUCGCACUCAGCAGAGAGGAAACGGAAAUUCGAAGCGAUGGCACAAAGUCCCUUCUUCGCCCGCCAAGAAUGAGUCUUGCGCGUGUAUCAGUGCUACGCGGAGACGAGGGACCGCUCGAGUACGUACCCUUUAUCGACGACUACAUUGCGACAUCAGAGCCGGUGGUUGACUACCUAACUGAGUUUUCUGGCAUCCAGCCCGGCGAUUUGGAUCCUAAUGUCUCGAAGCAUACGCUCGUACCCCUCAAAGUCGCAUACAAACGGCUUCGGGUUUUGGUGGACAUGGGGUGCAUUUUUGUCGGACAUGGCUUGAGGCAGGACUUCCGUAUCAUUAAUAUUCUUGUUCCGCCUGAGCAGGUCAAGGACACAGUUGAUAUCUUCCAUAUCAAGAACAGGCAAAGAAAAAUCUCUUUGCGUUUUUUGGUAUGGUACUUACUCCAUCAAGAUAUCCAAUCUGAGACGCACAACUCGAUUGAGGACGCCCGGACAGCUCUAGCACUUUACAAGAAGUACCUCCAGUUGAGGGAGAAUGGCCUGUUUCAAGAAGUUCUGGAGGAUAUCUACAAUGAAGGCCGAAAGACCAAUUGGAAGCCC